CGUACUCAUACAAGUCACUUCAGAGAUUCUCCUGACUGUUGGGUCAGAUACCCGAGGACUAACCCCUCCCCCCCCCCAACUGAGAAGACAAGACCAGGAUCAGGAUAGGGCAUCAGCAGAGGAGGCAGAAACUUCUGGAAGUCUGUGUGGAUGGAGGGCGAGGACAAGGACGUUGAAGCCUACUUUUGUGUCUUGGAUGGGGUAGUCAGAGAGAUAGGAGCAGAUGCAGUUGUCGGCGUCGUCAGGGACAAGGCAAGGGUGUGUGUCAAGGCGGGGAAGAUGGUGGAGGCUGCCUAUUCUAACAUCUUUCGCGUUGGAUGUACUGCACAUGUGCUCGACCUUGCGCUGGAGGACGGGUACAAGGACACGACUUGGAUGGCGGAGGUGGUUGAUGCUGGGAACAAGGUCGGGAAGUUUUUCACGAAUGUGGACAAGUGCGACCCAAAGCUCUGUGCAGGGUUCAACAUCUGGUUAUACUCCUGGAUGCCCCGAGAUAAGCUUAAGGAAGUGAACUUUUGGGCUAUGGAAGGGUUCUCCACGAAGCAGGCGCACGAGCAGGCCAACCAGCAGCCACCAACUUUGUGGUGGGAGGCAUUCGGCUCCAAACACGACCUCCUCGCACCGCAAGCCAUCAAAUUGCUUGGCCAGACAAACUCCUUCGCCGCUUGCGAGCGAAAUUGGAGCUUGCAUGAGCUCAUCUAUGCCAGGAGGCGCAGAGAGCUCACGCCGGAGAGGAUGGCCAAGCUCGUGUACAACAGCUGGAAUGUCCGCCUUGUGAGGAGUAACCAGCAUGGCAGGGGGGUUAAUAUCCACAUCCCAUGGGUAGAUGACGUCCCGAUGGUUAAGGAGAUGGAGGAGUGGUACGCAGAUUGGCUGAAGCGUGUCCAGGGAGACGUGGUCGAGGAAGAGGUCGUCGUGGUGAUGCCGAUGAUGAGGAAGAUGAUUUUCGACUGCGGCGUACCUUCCAGCGCAACGAUGCGGUUGACGAGAGGCUGUGUGAGGAGGAGGACUCUGUUCUCAUCGGUACGCGGUAGUGUGAUACAACAGCUGGAAUGUCCGCCUUUUGAGGAGUAACCAGCAUGGCAGGGGGGAUGAUAUCCACAUCCCAUGGGCAGAUGACAUCCCGGUGGUAAAGGAGAUGGAGGAGUGGUACGCAGAUUGGCUGAAGCGUG